AUGACGGUGAAAACCAGGUGUCAGCAGCGUCGAGCCCCCUUUCUUCAUCGCAACUGGAUCAAAGGCGCCAGAGCCUUGAAGGACUCUGCAGCUAUGGGCAACAUAGUAUCUUCACCAAUCCACAAAGGAUCGCAUCACAUUGAUAACGAUGGGGGCCCGCCACUCAAGAGGCGACGCAUCUCAUCGCCCGACUCCCUGGAUGUCGACCAUCUCAUUGCUUCUCCGCACGCUUCGGAUUCGAGAUCUGCUUUACGUGUCGAGGUUCUCAAGAUUGCCCACAAGGAUUCCAAAAAGGUCAGAUCUCAUCACGCCCACGCUCCCCCUCGCGAGGUAAUCCCCACCAAAGCUAGCUGCAGGAUCACCAUCUCUGAACUGAGUUCCGGCUAUCCCCGAGUUGUUCACUGCCAGAGUCAAGUAUGUGACUUGACAACGUUCAAAAACCCCGUGGGCCCUCAUCGAGUCGCUCGCAUUGCCCUUCCCAAACCAUUCUACAUCCCCCAGGAAAGUAUCCUCAUCAAUCGAGCGGAUGAUGCCACAUUUGACCUGGCAGACUCCUACGAUAUUGUUGUCGAGCUGGAGGCUGCCCAUGACGGACAUUGGCCGCCGCUAGACUCGAGCGAUUUCGGCAUUCCUCCGCCCUCAACCAGCCUCGCCUCAGUCCCCGGCAAAGCAUGGGUUCUGUCAAGCCGGUUUGACCAGAUUUUUGGCAGGCUCAAGAGCCCCUUAUCCUUGUCUGCAGGAUAUGCAACACAUGAGCCCCCAGUUCACACCGAUUAUGUCAUGGAUAUUGAUCUACGCUGGUCGGCUGGCUUCAAAGCCUUGAAGCGGCUGGAGAAAGGCUCGAUGCCCUGUAUCAACGCCGUGGACCCUGAUGCCGACCCCUUUGUGGACGACUUGUUUGCCCCAUCCAUGAAUGGGGGGAUCCAUAGCAUCAAUGGUCACCACGUAGAUGAGUCCUCUAUUGAACUCGACGAUGACGGCCUAGACGGUUUCGACGGUGCACAAACCCCUUCAAGGUCGUUGAGAACUCGCGAAAAGAAUAAGGUGUACAACCUGAAAGUCUUGAGCGACCAAGCUCAGGGGAGGGAAAGAAAACGCCGUGCACGGGCUAAUCACAUCGCAACAAAUGAAGGCCGUGUUAGCUAUCUUCUACCUUCUGAUCAACCGGUUUGCCUAGACUAUUACCGCUGUGUGACCUGCGGAGCCUACCACCAGACAAUGCAACAACUGCAAGUCCACUUGCAAACCUUCCACCCUGCGUACAGCUAUGUGCUCGAGACGACGAGUCAAGGACCGCAGUUUCGAGUCACCAGUCGCUGCGAGCCCAUAUCUUCUCCCUUGAAGCAGUAUCAGAUAAAGCCACCCGUCAAGCCAUUCAACCUUGAAACAUAUCUGGUUGGCGACCAAUCAUGGGUUUCCUCUCGACUUGGACCGGAUACAGUGGAUGAUAUAUUUACCUUUUCGGGCGACAAAAGGAUCUAUGACAGGCUACCCUCCCAAUCGCCGUCAGCUACACAGCAGCCAAGGCCGGCACAGCGGCGUCCCGGGGCUCCUAGAAACGAUAAGAUCCUGGUGCCCAACAUUAAAUACCCUCUGUUUGACCCCAUUAGCAGAGCUCGAUUAGUCCCAGGCCAAGAAGUGCCAAAGAGGCCGCUGGACAACACAUGGCUGAUCCAAAAGCACCGAGAGAGCACAAGUGAUUUCUCCGACGUGACUCCUGCAGAAAAGGAGUACAUAUGGGAGUGGGACGGAUACAUUCUUCGCCAAAGCCUCACAUCUGCCGCUUACUUUCCCCGAGCCUGGCUGGGCUUUGUUCGAGAAAAGGCGUCUUGGCUUGCUGCCGCUGACCAACGUGUGCUAGAGUUUGGCAAGCACGCUAGCUUGCUCCGAGUUCGCGAUAUGUUGGAUGACAAUAUCAUCCGAGAAGCCUUUACCCACAUCAAUAACGCAAGAGAGAGGCUGCAACAAGUUGCUGGUGAUGAGAGUGGCAAUGCCCAAGCUGAAGAAGAUAAUGGCGAUGCCAAAGCUGAAGAUGUAGAUUCAAAACAGUCUCCCAGAGCCACCCAAAUCCGCAAAGGAGCAAACGGCUGUACUAUCUGUCAGCUGCCAGUCCUGGGUCCAAGAAUGCUGAUCUGCUCCAAUAAGGUACUGUUCGCACCCAUCUCGUUCUUGGUAUAG